AUGGCUCUUUCUCUGUCAACAAUUUACACACUCUUCUUACUUUUCUCAGUAGCAUAUUCAGAAGAAUCUUCAAGAUCCUUCAACAAAAUAUACGCCUUUGGCGACUCUUUCACAGACACCGGCAACACCCAAAACGCCGAAGGUCCAAGUGGUUUUGGCCAUGUAUCAAACUCACCAUACGGCACAACUUUCUUCAACCAUUCCACAAACAGAUACUCUGAUGGAAGACUUGUUAUUGAUUUUGUCACAGAAUCACUUUCUAUGCCUUUUCUUCCUCCUUAUCGUCACUGGCGUCGCACCAAAGAAAAUGAUACUUUUGGUGUUAACUUUGCUGUUGCUGGUUCAACUGCUAUAAACCAUCAGUUCUUUGUUACAAACAAUCUUACUCUUGAUAUCACUCCUCAGUCUAUUCAAACUCAGAUGCUGUGGUUUAAUAGGUACUUGGAUAGACAAGGAUGUGAAGGCGUUGAUUCGAAGUGCAAAGACUUUGAUGACACUCUUUUUUGGUUUGGCGAGAUCGGUGUUAACGAUUAUGCUUACACUCUUGGAUCUUCAAUCUCCCAGGAUACCAUAAGGAAGCUUGCAAUUUCCAGUGUCACGGGAGCUUUAAAGACAUUGUUAGAGAAGGGAGCCAAGUACAUGGUUGUGCAGGGUUUUCCACCAACCGGAUGUCUCCCAUUGGCGAUGUAUUUAUCGCCCGAAGAUGACAGAGACGACAUAGGAUGUGUGAAAACUGCGAACGAUCAAAGCAACAUCCACAACCUUGCACUUCAAUCCAGAUUACAAGAAUUCAGAAAACAAUAUCCACAUUCGGUCAUAGUUUAUGCUGAUUACAUGAAUGCGUAUCGAACUGUAAUGCAGAAUCCAAGCAAGUAUGGAUUCAAAGACACGUUCAGAGUGUGUUGUGGAUCAGGGGAUCCACCUUACAAUUUCAGUGUGUUUGCUACUUGUGGUACACCUAAUGCCACCGUUUGCACUGAUCCUACUCAGUAUAUUAAUUGGGACGGUGUUCAUCUCACAGAAGCCAUGUAUAAAGUUGUUUCUGACAUGUUUCUUCAAGGAAACUUUACUCAACCUCCUUUUGAUUUUUUGUUGGAAAGCAAAGAGAGGAAUGGGUGA